AUGAAAAUCUCUCAAAAACUUGCUGCAGCCGAGUCAGAGAACCGAAUAUCCUGGUCGUUUGAAUACUUCCCACCUAAGACCGAUAAUGGCUUGACGAACUUAUACGACAGAAUCUACCGAAUGUCCCAGCUAGGCCCUAUUUUUAUUGAUAUCACAUGGGGGGCAGGCGGGUCGACCUCGAACUUGACAACGGAAUUCGUCAAGACCGCCCAUGAACAAUUCGGAUUGGAGACCUGCAUGCACCUCACCUGCACCAACAUGCCGAAGGAAAGAAUCGAUACCGCUUUAAGAGAAGCAUACGAGUUCGGAUGUGAAAAUAUUCUCGCUUUGCGGGGCGAUCCUCCGAAAGGCUCGAGUGAAUGGACUGCUACGGAGGGUGGCUUCGAACAUGCUAUCGAUUUGGUUCGACACAUUCGAGCACAAUAUGGAGACCAUUUCGACAUUGCUGUGGCUGGUUUUCCGGAAGGACACAUGCACUCGAGCCUAUCAAGAGAACAGGAAACAAUCUAUUUGAAGGAGAAAAUCGACGCUGGGGCCAACUUUAUCUUCACUCAAAUGUUUUACGAUGUCGAUAUCUUUAUCGAUUGGGUCAGAGAGAUCCGAGCAGCAGGGAUCACCGUCCCUGUCAUCCCCGGCCUCAUGCCCAUCCAAUCCUGGGCCCAGUUCAAAAGGGUGACCAACUUCAGCAAAACGAUCGUCCCUCAAUACUUCUUGGAUAAGCUCGAGCCCAUCCAAUCCGACGAUCAAGCCGUCCGUGAGGCCGGAACUAAACUUGUGGCAGAUAUGUGUAGGAAAAUCCUUAACUCCGAUCUCGGCAUUCGCAUCUUACACUUUUAUACCAUGAAUCUCGAACGGGGGACGAAGAUGAUCUUGGAUGAAUUGAACCUGAAUCCUUCUCGAGAUAUCACUAACCCAUUACCUUGGAAAAUGUCUUUGCUAGGAAAAAGACGCAGCGAAUCGAUCCGACCGAUAUUCUGGGCAAACCGAGCCAAAUCAUACUUGUCGCGAACCGAGACAUGGGAUGAGUUUCCGAAUGGUCGAUGGGGCGAUUCGCGGUCCCCAGCCUACGGAGAGCUGGAUGGAUACGGGAUCAACAUCAAUUCAGCAACGAUCGAGACGCUCAAAGGGCUCAAGAAAUUCCCGACGAGCCUUGAAGACCUUGCCCGAAUCUUCGCAAACUACUGUGGCGCCCGUUUCCCCGGCGAAGAGCCGGUGAAAUACCUCCCUUGGAGCGAUAUCCCACUCUCUGAGGAAACUAACAAGAUUGAAGACGUCUUGGUCAAAAUCAACAAGAGAGGGUUUUUGACUAUCAACAGUCAACCGGCUGUCGAUGGGGCCAAGAGUAGCGACCCUGUCCAUGGAUGGGGUCCUAGAGGUGGCUAUGUAUAUCAGAAGGCCUACCUUGAAUUCUUCUGUUGCCCAGAGAAGUUCCAAUCCUUAACCGAGAGGCUUGAAAAAGACCCGGAUGUGACCUACUAUGCGGUGACGAAGACGGGCGACCUGGUCACCAACAACACACGUCCAGGCCCGAACGCCGUAACAUGGGGAGUCUUCCCAGGAAAAGAGAUCGUCCAACCGACGAUCGUCGAGCUGGUCAGCUUCAUCGCCUGGAAGGACGAGGCGUUCGAACUCGGACACCAAUGGGCCGAGCUAUACAAGGAGCUCGCCCCCGAAAGCUCCCAGUUUAUCCACGAAAUAAUGGACUCCUGGUAUCUCGUUAACAUCGUCAAUAACGACUUCAGGAAGUCGAACGAUGAUUCCGAUGAUUCGGCUCUCUUUCAAUUCUUCGGCCCCGAGCCUGUGAUCGUUAAAGAAGAUAACGUACCGUCGACUAAUGGCGUUCAUCACACUAACGGAAUUGCUAAAGUCAACGGCUCAAGCACUCCUGCCGUCAGUGAAGUCAAUGGGGAUCUCAAAAAUCUUGCCAUCUAA